AUGUCACUUUGUCCUCAAUGCAGACGACCCUUUUUGAAGAGUAUCACCACCAAACGUACCACUCCACUUUCAUCCAAACGAAUUCGACCAGGCCAACUUUUUACGUAUUCCGCGAAAUCAACUGACCCUGAAAACCCAUUGAAAGUGGCAAUAGUAGGAGCUGGUCCAUCUGGUUUUUAUACAGCUUCGAGAAUACUUUCAACCCUUACUUUUGAUACUUCGGCGGGACAAGGUGUAGAGGUACAUAUGUACGAAAGGUUACCUACUCCAUAUGGACUUGUGAGAUAUGGUGUGGCUCCUGAUCAUCCUGAAGUCAAGAAUUGUCAACAUAAAUUCGAUGAACUUUCUUCCGAUCCUCGAUUCAAAUUCUUCGGUAACGUUUCCAUCGGUUCAUCACCUUCCUCAACCCCUUCUCUCCCUACACCUUCGACAGCUUUAACAUCAUACACUUAUCCUCAUUCUCUUCAUAUACCUCUUUCAUCUCUUAGACCAUAUUACACAUCUAUCGUUCUGACAUACGGAGCAUCACUUUCAAACUCACUUUCCUCUGUCCCUGGUUCUUCAUCUUCUUCUAAUCAUUUGAAAAAUGUUUGGCCAGCAUUAUCAUUCGUAAGUUGGUAUAAUGGACAUCCAGCUUUUUCUCAUCUUCAACCGAAUCUUCGAAAUAUUCAAGAUGUCACAAUUGUUGGACAAGGAAAUGUCGCUCUUGACGUAGCUCGGAUCUUAUUGAAACCGAUGUCAGAGUUGGAAAACACAGAUAUGCCUGAGAAUGUUUUGAACACGUUGGGAGAAAGUUCAGUGAAGAGAGUGAGAGUGGUAGGGAGACGUGGACCUGGUCAAGCGGCUUUUACCACUAAAGAAUUCAGAGAAAUGUUAAAGUUACAAAAUGUGAGAUAUGAUGGUGUAGAGAAGGGAUUGUUAAAAAUGGCCGAAGAGUCGGUAAAAGGAGAUAGGAUGAAAAGUAGGUUGAUAGGUUUGAUGGGGACUAAAAUUGAGGGAGAAGGGAAAGAGUUUAUAUUGGAUUUUUUGAAAAGUCCAACCGAGUUUAUAUCCAGUUCUAACUUCAAGAAGAUUGAACAAGAGAGUGUGAGAGGAGUGGAAUGGGCUUUGAACGAACUACGAAUGGAUGAUGAUGGAAUAAAAGCUGUGAACACGGGUGAAAAAUUGAUGACUGAGACGGAUAUGGUAGUGGAAAGUGUAGGAUAUAAGUCUGAACCUUUAUUAGACGACUCAUGGGAAAUACCAUUCGAUAAUGUGUUAGGUAGAAUUAAGAAUAUAAAUGGUAGAGUGGUUAAUGAUCAAGGUCAAGUAAUAAAAGGUGUAUACGCUGCGGGUUGGGUAGCAAGAGGUCCAAUAGGUGUAAUAGCAAGUACGAUGUCUGACGCUUAUUCAUUAUCUACGAAAAUCAUUCAAGAUCAUUUCAAUCUUUCUCCCAUUGAAUCUUCCCCCACUCUUCAGCCAGAAGGAACUCUCAGUGGGAUGACGGAUGGAUCGAGGGGAGAGAUGAAAGAGGGACCUUUGAAUGGAUUACCUGAUGAAUUGUUAAAAGGAAUGAGAGAAGGUAAAGUUGUAGAUUUGAAAAGAUGGGAAAGAAUUGAUAAAGCUGAAAUAGAACGUGUGAGGAGUAAAGGAGGGAAGAAAGAACGUGAAAAGUUUAUAAAAGUAGAGGAUAUGUUGGAUGUUUGA